ACAUCAGAGAACAUCAGCAGCUCUGUUUCCCUCAGUCACGGUUCCUGAUAGCAGAGUUCUGUUGUGUUUCUGCUUCUUGUCUGUGGAUUUCUCCAUAUUUGUGGUUCUGGUUCUGUUCACAUGUUGAAGGGAAAGGUGGAAGGUGUGUGUGAGCUGAUGUGGAUCCAGUGAAUCCAGCAGCAUGGAUCAGUGGGAGGUCACACAGGAGGGAGCCCCUCCCUCUAAAAGCAGAGAUGGUAACCAUGACAACCAGAGCAAUGCUCAGAGGAACCAAUUUGGACCUGGACCUGGACUUGGAUCCAGCUGUGAGUCCUUCAGGAGAGACAAGUCGAGGGAUAAUAACCCAGACUCCAAAGACAUCCAUUCAGGACUGACACAAGGUCAACAGGUCACACAGAGAGUCCAGUCUGCAGCCUCCAGCUGUGGCUCCAUGAAGAGUGACCGGUCCAGAUGGGAUCCUCCAAACUUCAGAACUGAACCAGGACCUUCAGACUCACAUGUCCACAGAGAGAAGAAGAGGAGCGGACCCCAGUCUGCAGAAAGACCCAGAGCUGCAGAUGUUGUUCUGCAGGAGAUGUUUGGAGAACAUCAGACGAGUCUGAGGAGCCGAAGUGAAUAUGUGGCUGAAGGAACUGAAGAAGCAGGAAGAGAAAAACGCCUCAACAAGGUCUACACUGAGCUCUACAUCACAGAAGGACUGAGACAAGAGGUUCACACCCAACAUGAGGUGAUGCAGAUGGAGACAACCACCAAGACCAACAAGCUCCAUGGCACUGCAAUCAAGAACCCAGACAUCUUCAAAGUCUUCCCUGACCAACACAGAUCCAUGAGAGUGGUUCUGACCAGCGGAGUUGCUGGAGCAGGAAAAACCUUCUCAGUGCAGAAGUUCACUCUGGACUGGGCCGAGGGCUUGGAGAACCAAGACAUCAGUGCAGUGGUUCCUCUGUCAUUCAGGGAGAUGAACUUGAUCAGAGAUGAGCAGCACAGUCUUCUCACUCUCAUCCAACGUUUCCAUCCAACCUUCCAGAAGAUCCCAGCAGAUCAGCUGUCUGUCUGGAAAAUUCUCUUCAUCUUUGAUGGUCUGGAUGAAAGCAGACUUUCUCUGGACUUCAACAACAGUCAGGUGGUGUCUGAUGUCACUCAGAAGUCAUCAAUCAAUGUUCUUCUGACAAACCUCAUCCAGGGACGUCUGCUUCCCUCAGCUCUGGUCUGGAUCACUUCCAGACCUGCAGCAGCCAAUCAGAUCCCUCCUUCAUGUGUGGACAGACUGACAGAAGUACGAGGCUUCAAUGAUGCUCAGAAGGAGGAGUACUUCAGGAAGAGAUUCACUGACGAAGAGCUGUCCAGCAGAAUCAUCUCCCACAUCAAGGGCUCCAUGUCUCUCUACAUCAUGUGUGAAGUUCCAGUCUUCUGCUGGAUCACUGCUGUGGUUAUGGAGAACCUGCUGACCACAGAGCAGAGAGGAGAGCUUCCCACUACCCUGACUGACAUGUACUCCCACUUCCUGAUGGUCCAGACAAAGAGGAAGAAGAACAAAUACCAGCAGGAACAUGAGGAGAAUCCACAGGAGCUGACAGAGGCUGACAUGGAAGUUCUUCUGAAGCUGGGGAGGCUGUCAUUUGAACAUCUGGAGAAAGGAAACAUCAUGUUCUACCAAGAAGACCUGGAGCAGUGUGGUCUGGAUGUCACAGAGGCUUCUUUGUACUCUGGAGUUUGUACUGAGAUCUUCAGAAGAGAGUGUGAGAUCUUCCAGAAACCAGUCUACAGCUUUGUUCAUCUGAGUGUCCAGGAGUUUCUGGCUGCAGUUUACAUGAUCCACUGUUACAACAAGAAGGUAAAGGACAUUGAGAAGUUCCUGAAGGACUGCAUGGAGAAUCCAUCCCUGGAUGAGUUUCUGAAUAGAGUCAUGGAAAAAUCCCUGCAGAGUCAAACUGGACGCUUGGACCUGCUGGUUCGCUUUCUUCAUGGUCUCUCUGUGGAGUCCAACCAGAGACUCUUAGGAGGCCUGCUGGGUCAGACAGAGAAGAAUCCAGAAACCAUUCAGAGAGCCAUCAACAACCUGAAGGAGAUCAACAGUAAAGGAGUCUCUCCUGACAGAAGCAUCAACAUCUAUCAUUGUCUGAUGGAGAUGAAGGACCUCUCAGUUUAUCAGGAGAUCCAAGAGUUCUUGAAGUCAGAGAACAGAUCAGAGAAGGAACUCUCAGAGAUCCACUGCUCAGCUCUGGCCUACACUCUGCAGAUGUCAGAUGAGGUUCUGGAUGAGCUGGACCUGGACCAGUACAAGACAUCAAAUGAGGGUAGACGGAGACUGAUCCCAGCUGUGAGGAACUGCAGAAAGUUCAGACUUUCAUCAAAUUGUGGACUCUCAGAGUCUGACUUUGAAGUUGUGGCUUCAGCUCUGAAGUCCAACCCGUCCCACCUGACAGUCUUGGACCUGAGCAACAAUAGCCUCCAGGAUUCCAUGAAGGUUCUGUGUUCAGGACUGGAGAGUCCAAACUGCAGAGUGCAGACUUUGAGGCUGAAGGAAUGCAGUUUGUCAGAGAUCAACUGUGAAGCUCUGGGCUCAGCUCUGAAGGAAAACCCGUCCAACCUGACAGAACUGGACCUGAGUGACAACUACAGCCUCCAUGAUUCAGGAUUUCUUCUUUUGUGUGGUUUUCUGGAGAGUCCAGACUGCAGACUGCAGACUCUGAGGUUGAUGGGCUGCAGUUUGUCAGGGAUCAGCUGUGAAGAACUGGGCUCAGCUCUGAAGAAAUACCCAUCCAACCUGAAAGAACUGGACCUGAGCUGGAACUGGAAACUGCAGGAUUCAGGAUUUCUUCAUCUGUGUGGUUUUCUGGAGAGUCCAGACUGCAGACUGCAGAUUCUGAGGUUGAAGAGAGGCAGUUUGUCAACGAUCAGCUGUAAAGCUCUGGGUGCAGCUCUGAAGAAAAACCCAUCCAACCUGACAGAACUGAACCUGAGCAGGAACAGCCUGAAAGAUUCAGGAUUUCUUCAUCUGUGUGGUUUUCUGGAGAGUCCAGACUGCAGACUGCAGACUCUGAGGUUGAAAAGAUGCAGUUUGUCAACGAUCAGCUGUAAAGCUCUGGGCUCAGCUCUGAAGAAAAACCCGUCCCACCUGACAGAACUGGACCUGACCGAGAACAACCUACAGGAUUCAGGAUUUCUCCAUCUGUGUGGUUUUCUGGAGAGUCCAGACUGCAGACUGCAGAUUCUGAGGUUGAUGGGAUGCAGUUUGUCAGAGGUCAGCUGUAAAGUUCUGGCCUCAGCUCUGAAGAAAAACCCAUCUAAUCUGACAGAACUGGACCUGAAUGGGAACCAGAACCUGCAGGAUUCAGGAGUGCUUCAUCUGUGUGGUUUUCUAGAGAGUCCAGACUGUAGACUGCAGACUCUGGGGUUGUGGCUCUGCAGGUUGUCAAAGACCAGCUGUGCUAAUCUGGUCUCAGCUCUGAAGUCCAACCCGUCCCACCUGACAGAGCUGGACCUGAGCUUCAACAACCUGCAGUCUUCAGAUGUUCAGCAGCUACAGGAUCUGAUGAAGAGUCCAAAGUCCAAACUGCAGACUCUGAGGUGGAAGGGCUGGAGACUCUGAUCAGUAGGAGUGUGUAUUGGCAAGAGUCUGGCAAUACGAUACGUAUCCCGAUAUUUUACCCGAUAUUUUACCGAAACAUAUUUUCUUUCUUUUUUUUAAAAUAUGACUUUGAAAAAACUCUAUCUGAAUUUCAAUGUCUUCCAUUGU